AUCCCUCCCCUAGUUCCCCAUUGCCCCAGAACAGAGGCUGUACUACUACAAAGACACACAAGACCCACCAUCCAUCAUCAGUCACUCCCACAGGGCAUCCACUGCCCCCAUCUAUAUGACAGUUUCGAACAACAUCCCUGAGCUUUCCUGGCUGUUACUGCAAGUGUUGCUUCUCCCAUAAUGCCUUGUACUCCUAGACUUGGAAGGCCACUGCUGAGUCAAAGGGCUCAGUGCAAACUCUUGUCAUAACCCUGUGUGGCUACUGAAAAUGAUUUCUCAUCCUCCCCAGAGACAAAAGAUCACUUUUUUCUCCGUACAGACCCUUACGCAUCAGAUUUUCCCAAACAAACCUGGAUUCAAGUAGUCACUCCGGUCGCUCGGUUGUCAAUCCACUUGUCCGAAUUUGGGGCUUCCGAAAUACACAACCCCUAUAGCUAGGCCAGGUGAGGGAGCCUGGUCAAAGCUCCCUACUCAGGGAGCGAGCCACUCGUACUUUCUGGGGUGGCCGCCAGGGGCCGCCGGGCUCUUUGUUUUCCUUUCUGGCCAGGGUCGGGGCCGGAGGCCUGCAGAGCGCAUGCUCCGGGGCAGUUCGCGGCUCGGCCGGUGAUCACUGGAGUUCGUUGUAGCCGACCCGCACCAAGGAUAGGAAGAUGCCACCCAAGCGCAUAGCUAAGAGAAGGUCAGCCCCAGAAGAUGCCAUCCCCAAAAGCAAGAAAGUAAAGGUCUCACACAGGUCCCACAACACAGAACCAGGCUUGGUGCUGACACUGGGCCAGGGCGACGUGGGCCAGCUGGGCCUAGGUGAGAAUGUUAUGGAGAGGAAGAAGCCUGCCCUGGUGCCCAUUCCAGAGGAUGUUGUGCAGGUUGAGGCUGGGGGCAUGCACACCGUGUGUCUAAGCAAAAGUGGCCAGGUCUACUCCUUCGGCUGCAAUGAUGAAGGUGCCCUGGGAAGGGACACAUCUGUGGAGGGCUCAGACAUGGUCCCGGGGAAAGUGGACCUGCAAGAGAAGGUGAUACAAGUGUCAGCAGGAGAUAGCCACACAGCAGCUCUCACCGAAGAUGGCCGUGUUUUCCUGUGGGGUUCAUUCCGGGACAAUAAUGGCGUGAUUGGGUUGUUGGAGCCCAUGAAGAAGAGCAUGGUGCCUUUGCAAGUGCAGCUGGACAUACCAGUGGUAAAGGUAGCCUCAGGAAAUGACCACUUGGUGAUGCUGACAACUGAUGGUGACCUCUACACCUUGGGCUGCGGGGAGCAGGGCCAGCUAGGCCGAGUACCUGAGUUAUUUUCCAACCGUGGUGGUCGGCAGGGCCUCGAACGACUCUUGGUCCCCAAGUGUGUGAUGCUGAAAUCUAGGGGAGCCCGGGGCCAUGUGAGGUUCCAGGAUGCCUUCUGUGGUGCCUAUUUCACUUUUGCCAUCUCCCAAGACGGCCACAUAUAUGGCUUUGGUCUUUCCAACUACCAUCAACUUGGAACACCAGGCACAGAAUCUUGCUUCAUACCCCAGAACUUGACAUGCUUCAAGAAUUCCACCAAAUCCUGGGUGUGCUUCUCUGGUGGCCAGCACCAUACAGUCUGUCUGGAUUCAGAAGGAAAAGCAUACAGCCUGGGCCGGGCUGAAUAUGGGCGGCUUGGCCUUGGGGAGGGUGCUGAGGAGAAGAGCAUACCCACCCUCAUCUCCAGGCUGCCCACCGUCAUCUCAGUGGCCUGUGGGGCCUCUGUGGGGUAUGCCGUGACCAAGGAUGGUCGUGUUUUUGCCUGGGGUAUGGGCACCAACUAUCAGCUGGGUACAGGGCAGGAUGAGGACGCCUGGAGCCCUGUGGAGAUGACUGGCAAACAGCUGGAGAACCGCGUGGUGUUGUCUGUGUCCGGCGGAGGCCAGCAUACAGUCCUAUUAGUCAAGGACAAGGAGCAGAGCUGAUGAAGCCUCUGAGGGCCUGGCUCCUUCUCCUGCCCUCCCUUAUAGAACAGGGAAGCAGAGACAACUACAGAUUCCAGCAGGCCUCUCCCCAGCCCUGAGCACUGUCGUCUCCUGCCAUUUUUCCAUCAGCAGAGCAGAAUCCUUUUCUCUCUUUCCUCCUCUUUUCUGGCAUCAUCCUGGGACCUGCAGGAUGAAAGGGGAGGGAGAUGGGAGGGUCUGUCAGAAGGAACAUUGCUCAUCCCAGACUAUGUAGUCAGACCUUUCCUUCUACUUCCCUACCCUCCUGUGGUCCUGGCUGGCCCUGACUUUGCCUACAAAAAAAAACAAAACUUCUUCCUCUGGAGGUGUGGUACCUGCACUUUGAGAAGUUGGGCUUUAUCAAGCCCCAUUCUGGUCUUGUGUUUCUAACAGUCCCCAGGCAAACAGAUGGUACAUUCAUCAUACCCAGUUGUCAUGGAGCCAUGUCUGGGGGAAUUUGGAGGAAAGACAAGGCUACAGGACCUGUGCGCAACCCCAAGCCAAAUAUUUGGCUCUAAACAGGUGUCCGAAUGAGCCACUUGAUGAAGAAAAAGCCAAAAGCUAUUCUCCCAGAAGCACAAAGCAUACUCUUGUCUCUCAGGCAUUGCCUGUGGAUUCCCCCAUUUGUUGGGCCGCACCUGCAACCAAGGACACGAAAGCUGGGCUGGGCUGGGCAGGGCUGGGCAAAGCAUGGGGUAGAUGAAAGGUUUUAUGAACAGCAAUAUUGGGAAGAAGAGAGGGGAAGGAGUUGGAAGGGCAAAGGCUGGUCCUCAGAAAAGGAAGCAGCAACUUGUACAGUGGCUGUGAAAAUAGUUUUUGAUUUUUUUUUUAAUUAUAAAAUAUUUUGGAGGGGAGAGUGGAAAUCUUGUAACACUUUGAAUAAAUUUAAAGUUUUAUAAAACAGA